UCCCUUCAGUCACAGACUGACUGCGGACGGGCCUUCUCGUGUGUUGUUUGAGUUGUUCUCCUCCGACGGCAGUGGACAUUUGAUGGAGAGAAAGGAAGUGAAAAAGAGAAGGAUUUUUUCGGUGGUAGUCACAAUAUAAGAACAGGGGGAAAAUUUGGUGUGAAAUAAUGUAUUAAAUAUAAAGGAAAUACUGGGGAACCACGCGUGUGAAAAUGUGCUGAAGAAAAAAUCGUCGAGGAAAAGCGCUUUUCUAUUUUCUUCAUUUUCAUCUCUCCUGCGGCUAAAUAAAAAAAUCUACUCUCUGUGUGUCAAAAAAAGAAGUGUAAAUCCUUGUCGAGCAAGUGUUUCUGUUUGUGUGUGAGCGCUCGUGAAAAAAACAGAGGAAAAGUGAAAAUCUGUGAAAAUUAGUGCUGAAAUUAACCCUCUGUGCGGUGAAAACUAGUCUCCUGGCAGUCGAGGAUCGACAAAAUGAGAAAAUAAUCAAAUGCUUUAGCGUGCACGUAUAAAGUGAAAACAUUCGAAGAAAAUAUCAGAAAAAACGCGGUACAGAAAAAGUGGACCGAAGGAGUGCUGAAUCAACGUAGUUGCAAUAGAUAAUGACCGCAGCAGUUAUGGCGUCGGACGGAAGUUAUGAUCCAGUGAUUUCCAAGCUGAUCACAUCGCUGAAGGAGUCGGAGGGCCUGUCAGACGAGCAGGAUCUGGGCUUCCUGCAGAAUCUGCUCCAGUCGAAGGAGCUGAACGCGCUGGUCAACGUGCACAGCAAGGUGGCCAAGAUCAACAAAGAUGACCGGAUAGCGCCGCUGCUGUCGUCGUCGAUGCAGGUACUGCUAGAAACGCUCGAACUGUUAGCUCCAAGAUGUCACAUCUCACCGCUGUGUAGAGAGAUUUUCCACCUGCUCCAGACGCCACACUUACAGAGUCUCCUGUUCGCACACGAUGCCAUCGCCCAGAAGGACUUUUACCCCCACCUGCCGGAAAUACCUGUCGAAGUGGACGAGGACGAGGAGACCAUCAAAAUUGUCCAACUGGUCAAGAGUAACGAGCCCCUGUGUGCUGGAGCACAAAGUGCGGAACCAAUUGUAGGCGCCACAAUCAAAACCGAUGAGGAAACGGGCAAGAUCAUCAUCGCGCGAAUUAUGCACGGCGGGGCGGCCGAUCGAUCCGGGCUGAUCCACGUGGGUGACGAGGUCAUCGAGGUCAACAACAUCAACGUGGAGGGCAAAACGCCCGGCGAUGUGCUGCAGAUUUUGCAAAAUUCCGAGGGAACCAUCACGUUCAAGCUGGUGCCCUCGGACGGUAAGCUGGACCAGCGGGAGAGCAAGGUGCGCGUCAAGGCGUACUUUGACUACGAGCCGGAGAACGAUCCGUACAUCCCGUGCAAGGAGGCCGGGCUCGGGUUCGUCCGGGGGGACAUCCUGCACAUUGUGUCACAGGACAAUAAGGAUGAUUCCUACUGGUGGCAGGCCCGUAAGGAGGGCGAAAAGACCACCCGAGCGGGUCUGAUUCCAAGCCGUGCCCUACAGGAGCGUCGCAUCCUGCACGAACGCACCGCGAAGGAACCAAACGGUGAAGCUAAAAAAGGUUCAUGUGCGUCCAUCUGUGCCACACCCCCGGGUUCGCCGAACCCGAACAAUCCGUGCCGAGGGCCAAAGACUAAAAAGAUUAUGUACGACACAGCGGAAAACGACGACUUUGACCGGGAGCUGAUCGCCACGUACGAGGAGGUGGCCAAGCUGUACCCCCGACCCGGCGUGUUCCGGCCGAUCGUGCUGAUCGGGGCGCCCGGCAUCGGACGGAACGAGCUGAAGCGCCGGCUGGUGGCGCGCGACCCGGAGAAGUACAAGAGUCCAGUGCCAUAUACGACGCGUUCGAUGCGCCCCGGAGAGGUGGCCGGCCGGGAGUAUCUGUUUGUGACGCGUGAAAAGAUGGAGGCGGACAUUGCCGCCGGGAAGUUCAUCGAGUACGGCGAGUACAAGGGCCAUCUGUACGGGACGUCCGGUGAAAGUGUCAAGAGCAUCGUGAACGCCGGCUGCGUGUGCGUGCUGAGUCCACACUACCAGGCGCUGAAGACGUUGAGGACGGCACAGCUGAAGCCGUACAUCGUGCACAUCCGGCCCCCGGCCACGUUCGAGAGCCUGAAGCAGACGCGCACCAAGGCCCGGGCCAAGUCGACGUUCGAUGAGACGAAUUCGAGGGGAUUUACGGACGACGAGUUCCAGGAGAUGAUCAAGUCGGACGAGCGGAUCAACUUCCUGUACGGGCACUUUUGCGACGACGAAAUCCUGAACGGUGACCUGACGGAGGCGUUCGAGAAGCUCGUCGAGCUGGCCGCCAAGUCCGAGUCGGAACCGCUGUGGGCACCGACCAGUUGGGUGCAAUGAAGGCACAUCUGUUCUGCCAAAGCCGCCGCCAAAACGCCCCCACCACCAACAACUACGACAACAACCGUUUCUUCUAACUCUUCUUCUUCGCCGCCGCCGCCGCCACCACCACCUUCGAUGGUGGCAAAUUGUUCCGGAAAUGUGCCAUCGUGAGCUGGACGGAACUUUUGAAAAUUGUGUAAAAAUGUGUUUAGUUUUGUUUAAUUCGUUGUUAUCAGAAAGUUUAUUGAAUUGGAAGAAAAUUCGCUGGUUAUAAUGUGAGUGUUUGUAUCGCGCGGUCUUGGCAGAAUCGGUGCAAAAAAAAAAGAGACAAAUAAAAUGAUUCAUAAACAAGUAGCAGCUUAGUUGAGUAAAGUUUUAGUUAAUUUUGUUUUCGUUGAAACUCCCUUGAAGAAUCAAACGUCCGUCUUAGUGAAUGUAAUCGUUUGUGACUAAAAGUUGUUGCAAGUUAUUUGAGUUAAAUUUUAAUUUCAAGACUAACAAAAUUUGUAAUAGUUGCCGUAGGAAUCGAAUCUUUCGGCGUAGGAUUAAUUUAUGUAGGUUAAAUAAAACAAGAAUAAUGGAUACGUUCACUGCCCUUCAAUUCAGAGUAAGUUUAGUAAUAAUAAUCACUCAAAAACAAAAACAUGAAACCUACACCAGGUUUGCGUUCUCAGCGUUUCGACUUAUUUUCACCAAAUUCAACUCUAAUUUCUUGAAAAUUUCUUGUGCAAUUUCAGCUCUAGUUAGAUACAAAGCGAAACAUACAAUUCCUAAUGCUAAAAUCUAACCUGAAUCAGUCAACUCUCUUUACAUAGUUAUACUACAAAGACAAAAAAACACGAUCUGUAAGUGAUGCUUGCUAGAAACUAAACUCCUCAUAGAUUCACUGUAAAUUUCACCGAAAAAAAAUGUAGCGAACUAGUUGAACUUGCGUUACUUGAAAAACAAAACAAUACAACAAUCCUUACAAAACAAAACAAAAACAAAUAAAUUACCCUUGAAGAAAGAAGCCACAGGAAGACAGAGCUGUAUAUUUUCCGACAAAUUUAACAAAAAUGGUAAACCAAACAAAUUGCAUCCAUAUUCUUACGUAAAUUGUAUCGUUACCCCGAGAGCCAUUAAUAGUGAAAGCCAGACAAAACAAUUGAAACCGUAAGUGAGCAAACUAAAAAUUGUCUUUCCCAACAGUAAUUGAAGAUAGAGCAAAAAAAAACUGAUUUCUAGUGAGGUUUGAGCAUCGCUGCGUCGAUGAAGGUAUCGUUGUCGUCAAUGGUCAAACUUUUGAAACACAGAAAAAGUUGUGCAGUUUUCUACAUAAAUUUAGGUGAAACUACAUCAGAAGGAAGUAAUUUUUAACCACCAAAAUUUCAAUCUUCUAAAAUACUUUUUUACUCUGUGUAAUGUAGGAUCUCCAUACAGUGGCCUUCAUGUUUUGGCGUGUGAUUAUUACAUGAAAUCUUAUGGAACAUUUAUAAUAUCAGCGAUUCCACGUCAAACCGGCAGGAUUCGGAUCAAGAGUGCUCCGAUUUGGAUCAAAUUUGCAAAAUAUGGUGGACGUUUUUUGACGAUUUGCGUAAAAACUACAUUUAUCUAAAAAUCAAAUCUCCAGAACAACUGAACGAAUACACUUACAGAUCAAAAGACAACAUUGUUUGCUGAUUUGAAGGUCUCGGAAUCAAAGAGCUCCCAACUGAAAGUAUUUUUCUUAUCAAUAAAUGAAGAAUAUCCAGUAACAGGAUUCUGGAAAAUUAUAGUAAAAAAAAACAAAAAAAAACUUGGGAUUUCGACGAGACGCGCGUUGAAACGGGUAAAUGGCGAAAACGGAAGAAAUCUUUUUUUUUCUCUAAGACUGCGAUAACUUGACAAUUCAAAAGAUGACUAAGACUUUUUGGAUAUCAAAAGUAACGUAGUGGAAUUUCGCAAAUUUUAAUAUCCAGGUAAAAUUUGUUCAGCCGUUCUGGAUAUGAUAUGAUUUUUUGAAAAAUUAGAGUUUUGCAACGUUUGAAACGGAUUCUAUUUAGAAUCUAAUUAGAUUCCGGUUCAGAAUUAGAAUUGAAUUGACUGGGAAUUUCAGUGAACGUCAACUGAGCUCUUCUUCCAAUUUGAAUAGAUUUAUUUACGUGCGCAUGUAUUGCGUGUACGUACACGAAAAAAGUGAGGUUACAUUUUGUACCGCCCAGCAAAUCAAAUGGUGUGCUAGUGUGCGUGAGAGCGGGCUUAUAUAACUCUAUAGAGUUAUCUAAGGCCGAUGUCACGCACACUAGCACACCAUCUGUUUUGCUGUCCGGUACUAAAUUUAACCUCAAUCUUUUUCGUGUACGUACACGCAAUACAUGCGCACGUAGAUAACUCUAUACUUCCCUGAUUCUCCGCGCUAGUUUGCACAAAUACAAAAGAAGAAACGCAACGCAAGUGAGUGUUGAGCUCGAUUCCAUUCGUAUCAACUUCGUGUGUGCGCUUUGCGUAACGACUAUCAUGACAGGCGCUGUAUUGGAGCAUUCAACUAUCGUUUGCAAUUAUGAAUUCUCGCUUACUUUUUCAAAAGGUCCUAUGUACAUAAGAAAUCCAUGGCGCAUUGGUGGUUUUGAAAAAGUAAUCUAGAAUUCUAACUGAAGGUUCUUUGUAAUGUCAUUGAAUCACUGUCUUACUGUGUGUGUCAAAAAUUGGCAAUAAAGAAUUGGCAACAAAGGUUAAUGUCUCGUUUUGCUCAUUCGCAUAAACUAUGCUUCUUAAAACAAUGUUGAAAUUGGUACAAAUUUUUGUUUGCAAAACAUCAUUUUUUUUAUUUUAAUUAUCAGCAAAGUUGACGCUAACGUAACCUGAAUCGCGCAGCGAUGACCACAAAAAAAUCGUCAUACAUCUUCUCGUAGAGCAGAAAUCAGAUAGGAAACUAUUCUCUUUCAUGAUAACAGAAAAAAAAACACAAACUUUAUUCACUUUACAUUCUAAAAUAAAAGAAACAGAACAAAAAAAACCGCGCGAAAAAUCGAAAGAUAAGCAACACAAAGAAGGAAUUUGAGCGCUUGUAGCCAGCACGCCAGCAGCAAACUCAUAGGGACAUGCUAGAGACAAUAUUAUCGAGAAAUCCUAUACAAAAAUAAAAGUCGGAAAUGGAGACAUGGCUAAGUUAUAGAAGAAAUUUAAGUAACGAACGUUUCCCAGUUUGGUGCAAAAGCAGAGUGUGUUUAUGUAUCGUAAUGUAACUUUCUAAGUUGACCAAUCUUACAAUUGUGUCUGCGCAGCAAAACUAGACACUCAUCAAAACUUACCAUGACUUUCCUGAUACAAAACAAUACAAGAAACCAUUACUAUCGAUGUUCUCCGCUUUCUGAAUUGACAAACUUACCUACGUCGUACACAAGUAUAUUCAAAGUACAUAUACCUAUAUUUACAUUUAGAGAAGAAAUAAACCCAAGGCAAGAUCCGAACCAGCUUGAAGUCACUCGA